AUGAAUGGCACCUGAAUACACGGUUCCGCAAUUUGUUAUUUUAGCAGUGCGUUUUUUAAAUCAUGAUUCAAAACGUCCACUUACCCACAAGUUUGGUCAGCCUGUGGCAGGAGCGGACUGACAACUCAUGGGGCCCCCGGCAAUAGGGGAUCAUGGGGCCCCUGUGUCCUUGCCCAAAUUCAAAAAAAACCUAUGAAAAAGGUACCAGGGGCAUCUCAUGGGGCCCCCUACUGACCCCGGGCCCUCGGGCAGUGCCCGAGUUUCCAAAUGGUCAGUCCGCCCCU